GGAGGGAAGCACCAACUUAUCUCUGUAUGUGGGGCUGUGUGUAUAUGAAAGUCAAUAUCAUUUCACACUUUUUGGUUAGGGGAAAGUUGUAAAUUACAACAUGCAAAUGUGUAGAUACAGCCAUAUUAUAGAGUCAAUCAAGGAGAGAGAAAACAGAGAGCAUUGGUGUAAUCAAUAGAGUCACUCUUUUUUGAACAAGGGGGGGAAAAACACUCAAAGAAAAAAGCUCUAAUGCAUCUUUCACUAUGGAAGCCAAUAUCUCACUGUGCUUCACUGAUCUUGGACAAAAAGAGCAGAAAAAGAAAUGGUUCUAACUCUAACCAUACCAAUGAAGAGAUCAAGAAAAACCCAUCUGUUUUGAAAAAAUUGCAAGAGCAUAAGCUUAGGGAGGCUCUUGAAGAAGCAUCUGAAAAUGGGUCACUUGUUAAAUCCCAAGAUGUGGAUUCCCUUUCAGCACAGAACCAAGAUGAGGGGUUGGGCCGAUCCCGGUCCCUCGCUAGGCUACAUGCUCAAAAAGAAUUCCUUAAAGCCACUGCUCUUGCUGCUGAGAGAACUUUCGAAUCUGAGGAUUCGAUACCUGAGCUUGAUGAAGCUUAUUCCAAGUUCUUGACCAUGUAUCCUAAGUACAACAGCUCUGAGAAGAUUGAUGAGUUGAGGUCAGAUGAGUACUCUCACCUUACUGGUUCUGCACCCAAGGUAUGUCUUGACUAUUGUGGAUUUGGGUUGUUUUCAUUUCUUCAGAGUGUUCAUUAUUGGGAGUCAUCUACAUUUAGCUUGUCUGAGAUUACUGCCAAUUUGAGUAAUCAUGCUUUGUAUGGUUGUGCUGAGAAAGGGACGGUUGAACACGAUAUUAAGGCCCGAAUAAUGGAUUACUUGAACAUCCCUGAGAAUGAAUAUGGUCUUGUUUUUACUGUUAGUAGGGGCUCAGCUUUUAAGUUGUUAGCUGAAUCAUACCCUUUCCAGACUAACAAGAAGUUGUUGACUAUGUUUGAUCACGAGAGUCAGUCGGUUAACUGGAUGGGUCAGUGUGCUAGGGAGAAAGGUGCCAAGGUUUACAGUGCGUGGUUCAAAUGGCCUACCCUCAAAUUAUGUUCGACUGAUUUGAGAAAGCAAAUUUCGAACAAAAAGAGGAGAAAGAAAGAUUCAGCUACUGGUCUAUUUGUUUUUCCAGUCCAAUCUAGAGUUACUGGUGCUAAGUAUUCUUACCAGUGGAUGGCACUGGCACAACAGAAUAAUUGGCAUGUGUUGCUUGAUGCUGGUGCUUUGGGUCCAAAAGACAUGGAUUCUCUAGGGUUGUCUUUAUUUCGACCGGACUUUAUAAUUACUUCAUUCUACAGGGUGUUUGGUUAUGACCCAACUGGAUUUGGAUGUCUACUCAUCAAAAAAUCUGUGAUGGGAAGCCUUCAAAAUCAGUCUGGGCAUGCUGGGUCUGGUAUAGUGAAAAUUACUCCCGUUUUCCCAUUGUAUUUGAGUGAUUCAAUUGAUGGUUUCCCUGGAUUGGCCGAGGAUGAUGAAGCCGGAGAGAACAGUGAAGUUAAUGCUGAAACUCGGCCAGGAUCUCAGUUGCCAGCCUUUUCUGGUGCAUUCACUUCUGCUCAGGUUAGGGAUGUAUUUGACACGGAGAUGGAACAUGACAACAGCUCUGAUAGGGAUGGAGCAAGCACGAUAUUUGAAGAGACUGAAAGCAUUUCUAUUGGGGAGGUAAUGAGAAGUCCAGUCUUCAGCGAAGAUGAGUCAUCUGAUAACUCGUUGUGGAUUGACUUGGGCCAGAGUCCUUUGGGGUCUGAUGGUGCUGGCCAAUCUAACAAACAAAAGAUUGCCUCUCCAGCACCCCCGUUUUGGUUUGCUGGCAGGAAGAAUAAUAAAAGGCUAUCUCCCAAGCCUUCAAAGAUGUCAAGCAGCCCAUUGUAUGACAGAGAGUUGAAUCCAGAUCGUCAUGAAGACAACCAUGUCCUAUCAUUUGAUGCUGCUGUUCGGUCAGUGUCUCAAGAAUUUGAUCACUUCAAGGAGAUUCCUGAAGAAGACCAGUUUGCUUCAAGAGAAUUUAGAGAGAUCGAGGAAGAACCAGAGACCAGCAAGGGUUCUGGUCUGGACAACUCAAUUCCAAUUUCUCGGCAUCAAACCCUUGGUAAUGGAUCAGCUUCUGAGAUAUGCCCGGAAAUUAAAGAGAGUGCUAUAAGAAGAGAAACUGAAGGCGAAUUCAGGUUAUUGGAAAGGAGAGAAGGAAACAGAUAUGCAGGUGGUAGAUUUUUCGGUAUAGAAGAUGCUGAUCAGCCUGGAAGCAGGGGAAGGCGUGUUUCCUUCAGCAUGGAAGACAACAACCGUAAAGCUCGUCUGAGCCAUACACUUGAGCCUGGGGAAUUGUUAGCAACGACAAGUCUGGAUGAUGACGAUUACAUUAGUGAUGGAGACUAUGAUGAUGGACAAGACUCAGACAGGAGAGAGCCGGAGAUAGCAUGCCGGCAUCUUGAUCACAUCAACAUGUUGGGUCUCAAUAAAACUACUCUCCGGCUAAGAUAUCUCAUCAAUUGGUUAGUUACCUCGAUGCUUCAGAUAAGAUUUCCUGGGUCAAAUGGGGAAGACAGUUCACGACUUGUUCGCAUCUAUGGUCCGAAAAUCAAAUAUGAGAGGGGUGCAGCUGUUGCAUUCAAUGUGCGAGACAGAAACAGGGGUCUUGUGAGUCCUGAAAUAGUUCAGAAACUGGCUGAGUCACAUGGUAUCUCUCUGGGCAUUGGUAUCCUAAGUCACAUUCGGAUCUUAGAUAACCCAAAACAGCAGCAACGGUCUCUGAGUCUUGAUGACACUACCCUUUGCAAACCAAUGGAGAAUGGCAAGUAUGAUGGUAGAAGUGGGUUUGUCAGAGUCGAAGUUGUCACUGCUUCACUUGGCUUCCUCACUAAUUUCGAUGAUGUCUAUAAGUUGUGGGCUUUUGUGGCUAAGUUUCUUGACCCUGCCUUUAUUAAAGAAGCUGGACUCCCGUCUGUUGCAGAAGACGCCGAGGCAUGAAGCUGGAGGAGGCUGAUUUAGUAGCUUUUUGCUCCUUCUGCUUCUAGUCUAAGAUGCAGGAAUCUUAGAUUAAUGAAAAGGUCUGAGUUGUAUUCUUUUGGGCCCUAUGUUUCUUCAAUGCAUGCGGGAGAAAUUUUUUUAUUCUUGUCUUUUAAUUGCUUGAAUGUUUCUUCUUUGCCUUUUUGGAGUUUCCUGUAGAGUUGGGAGUUAGAAAUUUGUAUUUUCUCAGGUAGUCAUGAAUCAUGAUGAACCAAAGCAGUUAUAAGCAGCAGGGAUUUAAUGAUCCCCUUCCACCAUUUGCCCUCUUGCUUCUCAGCUUUGUACAAUGACCAUUCAUGCUUUUGUUCAGGCUAUUAUAGAGUGCCUUUUCCCUUUUCCUGCA